AUGGAUGAUCAUCCUGUUGAAGCGGGCCUCACAUUUACCACGACAGAGAAGAUUGCCAUUGGUAUCACAAGCCCCAUCUGGGUUCUACUAAGCCUAAUUGCAUUGGUGUUCGGUGCCCCUGCGGUUGGCGUAAUGGCGGUUAAGAGCAUGUUGGAAAACAGAAACAAAAUCUUGAAAUACGAAGAAGACAAAUGUGCUUUUAUGAAAGAAGCAGGAAUGAUGAAAACUAAGAAUGGAGACGAACAAACUGUGGCAUUGAAAAUUUACGCCGAGUCACUUACAGCAGAAAAUGUUAGCGACAUUGUGAAUAAAUUCGAACUUUUAAAAAAACUAAACCAUCCAAACGUUGUAACUUUUCAUGGCAUGUCGUUUAUGAAGGAUGAUGGUCAAACCCGGAUAAUACUAAUCAUGGAAUACUGCAUGGGAAAUUUAAAGGAUCACAUCUUAAAAAAUCCAGAAAUAACCCCUGCCAAGUCCAAGAAUGCCGAUGCUAAAAGAGACGCAUGUGAGUGGAUAAAAAAGAUAACUGCUGCCCUGUCGUUCAUUCAUAAUCAGAACGUUGUUCACAGAGAUCUCAAGUUGGACAAUGUCUUAGUAUGGAACCUAGAAAAAAGUCUUAAAAGUAGGAUAAUUCUUGUAUGCUUUUAUGCUUUUCCACGGAAAAGCAUAAAUCAUUUCAGUUUGACAGAGGCGAAAGGGAAUUACAAUCAUACAUAA